ACAAACAAAAAAGUAUGCCAUGACAUCAAACUUCCACCCCCCCCCCACCCCCCCCCCCCCCGGCGGCGGAACCCUCUCAGGAAAGCGGUCAUAAACCUCCGCUCCUGGCCGCGUUGUUGCCACCACCGGCAUCUAAGCAAUGGCGGCAGCAAGAGUGCAGCCUCCGGUCGACCCACGAGCGGCGUCGCCUUGCACGGCAGCCCCCACUUCCAACACCCGAAGCCUACAGGGCACGGCCAUCCACACUUCCACCCCUUCCGUCCGCGCGCUGUUCCUCCGCGCCGUCGACCCCUCCCGUCCCGCCUCCUGGUCCGCCGCCGUCGCCGACCUCCUUGCUUCCGGAGACGCCGUCGCCGCUCUGGCCACCUUUGCCGCCGCUCUCCGCGCUAACCCGGCCGCGCUCCUCCCGGCCCUUCCCCCCGCCUUCCGCGCAGCUGCCGCCGCCACCUCGCUCGCCGCUGGCCGCCAGCUGCACCUCCUUGCCCUCCGUUCCGGCCUCUUUCCCUCUGACCCGUUCUCCGCCUCCGCUCUUCUCCAUAUGUAUCACCACUGCUGCCGCCCCCUCGACGCCCGCAAGGCGUUCGAUGAAAUUCCCAGCCCCAACCCCGUCAUUGUCACGGCCAUGUGCUCUGGCUACCUACGAAACAAUCUAGUCUACCCCUCGCUCGCUCUCUUCCGCGACUUGCUCGCAUCUGGUUCUGCCAUGGCGGUGGACGAGGCGGCUGCACUCGUGGCGUUCUCCUCGUCGGCCCGUGUCCCUGUCCGCAGAAUUACUGGCAGCCUUCAUGCGCUUAUUGUCAAGAUUGGCUUGGACGUGGAUGCUGGUGUGGUCAAUACGAUGCUAGACGCUUAUGCCAAAGGCGGCGGUGGUGACCUGCCGGCUGCGAGGAAGGUGUUUGAUACCAUGGAGAAGGAUGUGGUGUCCUGGAAUACGAUGAUUGCGCUGUAUGCUCAGAAUGGGUUGUCGGUGGAGGCCCUCGGGCUGUAUGGCAAGAUGCUGAAUAUUGGUGGAGGCAUUAGGUACAAUGCUGUGACCUUCUCUGCUGUGUUACUGGCUUGCGCGCAUGCUGGGACGAUACAGACUGGAAAGCGCAUUCAUAGUCAGGUGGUAAGAAUGGGUUUGGAGGAAAAUACCCAUGUUGGAACUUCUGUAGUUGAUAUGUACAGCAAGUGCGGAAGAGUGGAAAUGGCAAGAAAGGCUUUCGGCAAAAUUAAGGAGAAGAAUGUCCUCUCAUGGUCUGCCAUGAUUACUGGUUAUGGCAUGCAUGGUCAUGGACACGACGCCCUUCAAGUUUUCAAUGAGAUGUGCAGAUCAGGGCAAAAUCCUAACUACAUAACUUUUAUCUCAGUUUUAGCUGCUUGCAGUCAUGCUGGUCUUUUAGAUAUGGGCCGUUAUUGGUACAAAACCAUGAAAAAUAAGUUUGGGAUUGAACCUGGAGUGGAACACUACGGAUGCAUGGUGGAUCUUCUUGGCCGUGCCGGUUGUCUUGAUGAGGCUUAUGGCCUCAUUAAAGAAAUGAAGGUCAAACCUGAUGCUGCUAUCUGGGGAGCACUUCUUAGUGCAUGCCGAGUCCAUAAAAAUGUUGAGCUGGCAGAAAUUUCUGCAAAAAGAUUGUUUGAGUUGGAUGCAACUAACAGUGGGUACUAUGUUUUAUUGUCCAAUAUAUAUGCAGAAGCUGGAAUGUGGAAAGAUGUGGAGAGAAUGAGAGUUCUGGUUAAAACAAGAGGAAUAGAAAAGCCUCCAGGGUAUAGCUCAGUUGAAUUGAAAGGUAAAACUCAUGUGUUUUAUGUUGGCGACACGGUUCAUCCUCAACACAAGGAGAUAUAUUCUUAUUUGGGGAAACUGCUUGAGAUAGCGCAAGAAGCAGGCUAUGUACCAAACACGGGUUCUGUUCAUCAUGAUUUGGAUGAAGAGGAGAAAGAAUCUGCGUUGCGCUUCCACAGUGAAAAGCUUGCAGUUGCUUUUGCUCUGAUGAACUCUGUCCCGGGCUCAGUAAUCCAUGUGAUAAAGAAUCUCCGGGUCUGUACUGAUUGCCACGAAGUAAUCAAGUUUAUUUCAAAGUCCACUGAACGAGAAAUUAUCGUUAGAGAUUUACAGCGCUUUCAUCAUUUCAAGGACGGAUCAUGCUCUUGUGGAGAUUAUUGGUGAUAGCGUUGUACAAGAGGGCUGAGGUUGUGAUACCAUCUUCGCUGUCCGUUAUAGUCAUAACACUGUUAUAUUAUGUACAGGGCGAUUUAUAUCCAAGACAUAUUGUUACACCUUGUCAUUUCAAUUAGGCUAAUGACAUUGCCUCACUGCCCUGAACACCGGGAACUUAGAAGAUUUUAUAGCUUGGCAUAAAACAAAAAAUUAUGCCUUUUCUGUAAGAUCUGCUUACUAUAAUGAAUGGCACAACCAUUUUGGAGAAUGGACACGUUGGUCAGAUGGACAGGGCAGCUCGAGGCCGAACCCAGUAUAGGAGAUCAUAUGGAACAUGCAUGUCCCCAGCAAGGUUUCUUUUUCCUGUGGAGGGCUCUUCGCAUUGUGAUACCUGGGAUGAUUGUUCUUGCACGUAGGCAUAUCAAGACCUCUCCCCAGUGUCCCAUCUGCCGCUGCUGGGGAGCAGAGGAGGGUUUGGCAAGCGCUGGGACUUGGAGGUGUUCAUCGAACAAGCAACACAGAUUGAUCGAUCAAGGUCAAUGUUUCCUGAGGAAAUUUUGAGUAGUACUGUCAAACAUUCAGCGGUGAUGGGUCGGUACAGUGUACAAGAGAUGAUCGCGGUGGGGCCAUGAUAUGUAUAUCUGGUGGCAUCGGCGGGAGGUUGUUAAUGGAGGAAAGGUGGCACCUGCUCAGUUAACUGCCUUUGCAAUUCAGGCGCCGUUUGGUUCAUCGUUUUGAGGCCCAAUACACCUGUAAAAUAUACACAUGUAAAAUAAAAACGGAAGGGCCUCGCGUUGCUGCUUGGCAUGUUGUUUUUGAGCUGUAAA